AUGAGUCCUAAAAAGCAGAAGAGGAAGCAGAAGAGAUACAGCGGGAAGGAUGUCAGAGAUCCACGCAUGAGGGGAGUGUGGUCUCGAUGUGCAAGGACCCUGCAGGGACCAGAGAGGCCUUCGGUGCUCAGGGCCGCUGAGGCAGCCAACAAGGAAACGGAGACCUUAUGCUCACAGCCCCAAGGAAGUGAAUUCUCCCGUGACUUUGAUGAGUUUGGAAGUGGAUUCCUUCCAAGAAGAUUCUUUCCCAGAGCCUCCGAAAGGAAACAGCCCUGCCAUAGGAUGAUUUUAGUAUUUUCAGACCUGGAGCAAAGAAACUGGCUGAACCAUGCUGUGCCCCAACUCCUGACUCACGGAAAAUAUGAGAAAGCAGUCAUAAUGGUCCUUCCAUAUUUAAGGGAGAAGACAUCAAUUCUACCUCCUGAUGGAGUUAGAGAAGAACAUGACGAACAAGAGAGGAAAUGCUUUGAGGGCAAAGAUGAGCUCAGAUUUGGAAGCAUUAAACUUCAGACUGCCAGGAAACAGCCAAGUGCAGAUUCUCAGUCGAUACUGAUGGAUGACAGAGGAAAGGCAGAUCUUGUGGCUCACGCUGGAGUGACACACAUCACUCAAGCUCACAUUUCACUGGCAAGAACUGGGUAUCUGGCCCCUGUCCAGAAGCAAGGGCGCUGGGAAGGAGAGAGCACGGAUGCUAGUGAGGACUUGCAGACCCUGUCCCAGCAAAGCUCUUCAGAACAGUUACUUAUUUUCGAUGCCUCUACUUCUCUUUCCACUCUUCAGGCAGGCUUUCACUCCUGCCAUUCCACAGACAUCCCUCUUGUGAAGGUCACCAGAGACUCCUUUUUGUACCAAUGGCUAGAAGCAGAUCGUCAUGGCAGGAGCCAAGAUGCUGCAAAUACGACUUCAGGUGAAAACUUUGACCAGAGUCCAUUGAGAAGAACAUUCAAGUCCAAAGUUCUGGCCCACUAUCCUCAGAACAUAGAAUGGAACCCUUUUGACCAAGAUGCAGUGAACAUGUUGUGCAUGCCUAAAGGACUGUCUUUCAGAACGCAGACUGACAACAAAGACCCUCAGUUCCACUCGUUUAUCAUUACUCGGGAGGAUGGCUCUCGUACCUACGGUUUUGUCCUCACGUUUUACGAAGAAGUCACCAGUAAGCAGAUCUGCACGGCGAUGCAGACGCUCUACCAGAUGCACAACGCCGAGCACUACAGCAGCGUGUACGCGUCCUCCUCCUGCAGCAUGGACUCGCUGGCCAGCAGUGUCGAUGAGGGAGAUACAACUUCCCUGUCGAAACUCCAGCGAUACAACUCCUACGACAUCACCAGAGACACCCUGUAUGUUUCCAAGAGUAUCUGCUUGAUCACACCGCUACCUUUUAUGCAGGCCUGCAAGAAGUUCCUCAUCCAGCUCUACAAGGCCGUUACCUCACAGCAGCCCCCACCCCUACCGCUUGAGAGCUACAUCCAUAACAUUCUCUACGAGGUACCCCUUCCACCUCCAGGGAGGUCCCUGAAAUUCUAUGGUGUCUAUGAACCCGUCAUCUGCCAGAGGCCUGGGCCCAACGAACUCCCCCUCUCGGAUUACCCGCUGCGAGAGGCCUUCGAGCUCCUGGGGCUAGAGAACCUAGUGCAGGUGUUUACCUGUGUUCUCUUAGAGAUGCAGAUCCUUCUCUACUCACAAGAUUAUCAGCGCCUGAUGACGGUGGCGGAAGGCAUCACCACACUUCUGUUCCCGUUUCAAUGGCAGCAUGUUUAUGUGCCCAUCCUCCCUGCUUCUCUGCUGCAUUUUCUCGAUGCUCCUGUCCCUUAUCUGAUGGGCCUUCAGUCAAAAGAAGGAACCGACCGUUCUAAACUAGAACUUCCUCAAGAGGCUAAUUUGUGUUUUGUGGAUAUUGACAACCAUUUUAUUGAGUUGCCUGAAGAAUUUCCACAGUUCCCCAAUAAAGUGGAUUUUAUCCAGGAACUCUCCGAAGUUCUUCUUCAGUUUGGUAUCCCUCCUGAGGGGAGCCUGCACUGCAGUGAGAGUGCCACCAAGCUCAAGAAUCUGGUUCUGAAAGACUUGGUCAACGACAAGAAGAACGGCAAUGUCUCCACAAAUAGCAUCAGUAUGUUCGAGUUGCUGGAGGGCAAUGAAACCAUAGCCCGCCUCCAGGCUCUGGCCAAGCGGACUGGUGUGACGGUGGAGAAAAUGGACCUCUCUGCUUCUCUCGGUGAAAAAGAAAAGGAUUUAAAACUGCAGUGCGAAGAGGCGGAAUUAAGGGACUACCAGCUCAACGUACAGCUCCGUGAGGUCUUUGCUAACCGCUUUACCCAGAUGUUUGCAGACUACGAAGCGUUUGUGAUUCAAACUGCCCAGGACAUGGAGUCUUGGCUGACCAACCGGGAACAGAUGCAGAACUUUGACAAAGCUUCCUUUCUGUCUGACCAGCCUGAACCCUACCUGCCAUUUCUUUCCCGCUUCAUUGAAACCCAGAUGUUUGCCACCUUUAUUGAUAAUAAAAUCAUGUCUCAGUGGGAAGAGAAAGAUCCUUUGCUUCGGGUCUUCGACGCUCGGAUUGAGAAGAUAAGACUGUAUAAUGUAAGGGCACCCACGUUGCGGACGUCCAUAUAUCAGAAAUGCAGCACUUUAAAAGAAGCAGCCCAGUCCAUUGAGCAGAGACUGAUGAAAAUGGAUCACACUGCAAUCCACCCACAUCUGCUUGAUAUGAAAAUUGGUCAAGGCAAAUAUGAGCAAGGGUUCUUUCCAAAGUUGCAGUCUGAUGUCUUGGCAACUGGACCAACCAAUAACAAUCGCUGGGUAAGUCGGAGCGCCACCGCACAGCGCAGGAAAGAACGCCUCCGCCAGCAUUCUGAGCACAUCGGACUGGACAACGACCUGAGAGAGAAAUACAUGCAAGAGGCACGGAGUUUAGGGAAAAACCUGAGGCAACCCAAAUUGUCAGACCUCUCUCCUGCAGUGAUUGCACAGACCAACUGGAAGUUCGUGGAAGGCUUAUUGAAAGAAUGCAGAAUGAAGACAAAACGCAUGUUGGUUGAGAAGAUGGGUCAUGAAGCCGUGGAGCUGGGCCAUGGCGAGGCCAAUAUCACCGGCCUGGAGGAGAACACCUUGAUUGCCAGCCUCUGUGACCUGCUGGAGAGGAUAUGGAGCCACGGCUUGCAGGUUAAGCAGGGGAAGUCGGCUCUGUGGUCACAUUUGAUUCAGUUUCAAGACAGAGAAGAGAAACAAGAGCACCUUGCAGAAUCGCCAGUUGCCCUCGGACCAGAAAGAAGAAAAUCUGACUCAGGAGUUAUGUUGCCAACACUCAGGGUCUCUCUUAUCCAAGACAUGAGGCACAUUCAGAACAUGAGUGAGAUCAAGACUGAUGUCGGACGAGCUCGGGCGUGGAUAAGGUUGUCUCUAGAAAAGAAGCUCCUGUCCCAGCAUCUCAAGCAGUUGCUCUCCAACCAGCUCCUCACCAAGAAGCUGUACAAGCGUUACGCUUUCCUGCGCUGUGAGGAGGAGAGAGAGCAGUUCCUGUACCACCUACUUUCCCUCAAUGCCGUGGACUACUUCUGCUUCACCAGUGUGUUCACCACCAUCAUGAUUCCAUAUAGGUCAGUGAUCAUCCCUAUCAAAAAGCUGAGCAACGCGAUCAUCACUUCCAACCCUUGGAUCUGUGUCUCGGGAGAGCUGGGAGACACGGGCAUAAUGCAGAUUCCCAAAAACCUCCUCGAGAUGACUUUUGAGUGCCAGAACUUGGGGAAGCUGACAACUGUGCAGAUCGGUCACGAUAACUCAGGACUGUUAGCCAAAUGGCUAGUGGAUUGUGUCAUGGUCAGAAAUGAAAUCACAGGACAUACAUACAGAUUCCCCUGUGGACGGUGGCUGGGAAAAGGCAUUGAUGACGGGAGCCUGGAGAGGAUUCUGAUUGGAGAACUGAUGGCCUCAGCGUCCGACGAGGACCUCGUGAAGCAGUGUCGGACCCCACCCCAGCAGAAGUCGCCCACUGCCGCUCGGAGGUUGAGCAUCACUUCACUGACAGGAAAGACUUCCAAACCCAAUGCCGGACAGAUCCAAGAAGGAAUCGGAGAAGCUGUGAACAAUAUUGUGAAACAUUUUCAUAAACCUGAAAAAGAGAGAGGAAGCCUCACAGUAUUGCUGUGUGGGGAAAAUGGCCUCGUUGCAGCACUUGAGCAAGUUUUCCACCAUGGAUUCAAAUCUGCCCGCAUAUUCCACAAGAACGUCUUCAUCUGGGAUUUCAUAGAGCGAGCAGUUGCUUAUUUUGAAACCACUGAGCAGAUUCUAGACAAUGAAGAUGAUGUCCUUAUUCAGAAAUCAUCCUGCAAAACCUUCUGCCACUACGUAAAUGCCAUUAACACUGCACCGAGGAACAUCGGAAAGGAUGGCAAAUUCCAGAUUUUAGUUUGCCUUGGAACACGGGAUCGCCUGCUCCCACAGUGGAUUCCGUUGUUGGCCGAAUGUCCUGCCAUUACUCGAAUGUAUGAGGAGAGUGCCCUCCUGCGAGACCGUAUGACCGUCAACUCCCUCAUCCGAAUUCUGCAGACCAUUCAGGACUUUACCAUUGUCUUAGAAGGAUCACUCAUCAAAGGAGUGGAUGUGUAGCCCAGCUGUCUAGAAACUGUCAGUCCAAACCCCUUGCUCCCGAACCCAGCCCCACGAUGGGGACCGGUGGACUUGUCUACAAGAGUGAGUCCUGCAAGGGGCAGCCCAUCAUAUGCCCCGAUUUGAACAAUCCUCACUCUACAGACAAGGCAAAAUGCUGUAUUGUAGUUCAUUUGAACCUGGAAUUUAGUAUAAAAUAGAGUAUUUUCAUGUGUUA